UAGCCAUUUAUGUACUCCAUGAUACUAAUUGUUAGGAAUACCUACCCAAGUAGGGCAAGGGGUUAGGUUUGAGUUAUUCUUUAAAUUUUUGACUCUCUUAUAAUUAAAAAAUAAAUAAAUAAAAGCAAACGUGAAACAUUGAUAUAUAAUAAACAAAUCGAAGUUAGUUGGAACAUGAGUAAAGAGAUCAUAAAUAGGUAGCACUAGCAUUGCAUGAUCUGUGGUGUGUGGCGAAGAAAAGGGAAGAUGGCAGUGAAUGUUGUGGAAAGCAAAGAAUGGUAUUUAGCAGGGUACGCUGCCGAAGGCGUUCCAACCACUGAUCAUCUAACGCUCCGCAGUGUGCCGCUGUCCUUAUCGCUCGAUUCCAUACCCGACGCCCAUGUAGCCGUUCAACUCCUCUUCAUCUCUGUUGAUCCUUAUCUUCGUACCAGAAUGAGCGGCCAAGAAGACGGCUUAUAUUUUCCGCAGUUCAGCCUUAACCAGGUGAUAACUGCUUUUGGAGUUGGAAGAGUGAUGAGAUCCAAGGAUGAAAAGUACAGUGAGGGUGAUAUUGUGUUGAAUGCUUUCUUUCCUGUAGCUGAGUACUGUGUGGUGCCAUCUAGUGUCCUCAUAAGAAAGAUUGACCCAGAGGCUGGAAUUCGCUUGCCAGAAUAUCUCAGUUGUCUUGGGGUUCCCGGGUUUGCAGCGUGGGUGGGGAUAGAAGUGCUGGGAGAGGCAAAGCCGGGGUCAAACGCUUUCAUAUCAGCGGCGGCAGGUGGUGUAGGAAUGGUUGCGGGGCAAUUGGCUAAGCUCAAGGGUUGUAGAGUCAUUGGAAGCACCGGAUCUGAUGCCAAGGUGAGACUCUUAAAGGAGGAAUUCGGGUACGACGAUGCAUUCAACUACAACAAAGAAACUGAUUUUGAUGCGGCUUUGAGCAAGUACUUCCCUAAUGGUAUUGAUAUAUACCUGGAGAAUGUGGGUGGUAAAAUGCUUGAGGCAGUCCUGAAUCACGUCAACCCUCACGCUAGGAUUCCAGUUUGUGGAAUGAUUUCUCAGUAUAACCAGAUUUGGACAGAGAGGGAGGGGGUCAGAAAUCUGCUAAAUAUCGUGGGGAAGGAGGCAAGAAUGGAGGGCUUUUUGGUGAGCUCCUAUUUGGACAGAUUUGCAGAUUUUACUGUGGAGAUGGAGGAUUAUCUAAAGCAAGGCAAAAUAAGUUCCAAGAUCAAAAUCUAUGAAGGAAUCCAAAGCUUUGUGGAGAGUUUAGGGUCCCUUUUCUCAAGCUCUAAGUUUGGGAAAGUCGUGAUUGAAGUUAAUAAGCCUCGUUAAUCAGGUCAUCAUCCAUUGUUAAUAUAAUAGCCAAUUUUGGCCUAAAAGAACCCAAACCAAAUAAACAAAAAAAUAGUUCAAUACAUGGCCCAAAAUUAAAACAAAACCUAAUUAAAACCCAAUACUCAGAUUUUAGCCUAAAAUAAACUCAAUAACCUAAAACCUUAAAGCCCAAGUCAGCCCACUAUCUUAAACUUUUUUUCAGCAGCCACCCUAACCCUAGCCACCAAAGUUCAGCUGCCACUCCCCCCUCUGCCCUUGGCCAUCACGCACGCCACCACCACCGCUUGGGGCACCAACCAUCAGCCUUCCACGCGUCUGACACCUGCAAGACGAAACUAGCACUCGAAACACAAGAAACAAAGAAGAAAAAUAGCAGACAAGAAGAAAAAAACAAAAAACGAAUCUAUGUAAUUCGAUUAUAAAAGUCGAAACAUCCAUUUGUAGCUUUUUUUUUGGACACGAACAUUUAGCAAUAAAAAUCAAGAGCAAAACAGAUAAAAAAGGGUGAUUUCCGAUUUA